AUGUGGAUUCUACCUUUAGUCGGCUAUCUCGGCUCCAUCGUGGGCUUCUGUUUCCUGACCCUGGCCAUCGCUUCGGGUCUGUACUACCUUUCGGAGCUCGUCGAGGAGCACACCGUGUUUGCGAAGCGCCUGCUCACGAAGCUGAUUUACUCCGUCAUUGUCUUGCAGCUGUUGCUGUGCCUUGUCGACGGGUUCCCCUUCAAGUUGACCCUUAUGGGUGUCAUUUCCCAUGUCGUCUACCUCGGAAACAUGCGGCGGUUCCCCUUUGUCAGAUUGACGGACCCUCUAUUUCUCGUAUCUUGCGCCCUGGUCCUUGUCAACCACUACCUCUGGUUCCGCCACUUCUCCGCUGCCCAGCAAAGAUCCUAUUCCAACAUGCACUCCUACUACGAACAGCCCGAUAUCCCGAGCUUCACCGAGAUUGCCUCAUACUUUGGCCUGUGCGUGUGGCUGAUCCCCUUCGCCCUCUUCGUGAGCUUGUCCGCGAGCGACAAUGUUCUGCCAACGAUGGGCAGCGAGGAUCCCCUGCGGGACUCUUCCGGCAGGAGCAAGCGUCAGGGAUUCGUCAAGUCCAUCGUUGAUACCGUUCUCGGCGCCAUGGGCGAGGUGUUCAGGACUGUUGGCUGGGAGCGCAGUUGA